AGGUGCAAGUUGCGCAUCAAGUUCGUGGCGACUUAUGUCAUGGUUGCCUUUACAUUUUACUCAUUAAAUGCGCGAUUUCAUUGCCCCUAAACUAUUGCCUCGCCUACAAAGCUAAUAUCUAAUCAGUCUCAGAAAGCGCUGCAUUUUAGUGGACACUGCUCAGGUUCAGUGUUUGUUUUUGCACCUGGGAUUUAAAGUGCGUAAAGCGAAAUUAUUUUAUUUUCAGCGAAAGCCUGGUGGCUCAUUUACUGCGUGAGUUUUAACGGGUCAUUUACGAGCAAAUCCCGUAACAGUGACAAAUAAAACUCAGAAUGGCGCAGGAGAAGUUGCUUGAGGCGCUGAAGAAGGAUGUGCGCUCCCUCCUGGUAUCGGCUAAGGGUGGCCUGGCCCUGGAGCAGUUGAAGCGCGACUACCUGAAGAUGCUAGGCCACCCCCUGCCUCUCGUGGCCCUGGGCUACCGUAAUGUGUUAGACAUGGUGCGGGACAUGCCGGACGUGGUGGCACUGAGCUGGUCCGAAGACGGCACCACGCUGCUGAAAGCCGUCAGCAAUGAUAGCACCAAAGGCAUCGAACAGCUGGUAGCAAAGCAGCGCGACCCUAAGGAGUCUGCGAGGAGGGUUUACAUUAGGCCUGACUACCAUCGCCAUGCGCAGCAAGCGCAGGCCCUGCCCCGUCGCGGCCAGGCACCCCCCGCCAUUCCUGCGCAGUUGCGCAGUCAGCUGCGACAGCUGCUCUCUCAAGGGCCGGUCAUGCUGUCCGAACUGGAGGCUUGUUUCCUUAAACGCUUCGGUCGGCCGCUGCAGGUGAUGCACUAUGGCUUCUAUUCAAUCGCGGAGAUGCUGGCGGCAGCCGUAGACCUCGUAGCCAUCGAGCAGGGCAGGAAGGGAUCGCUGAUAUCACUUAGGAGUGAUAGCGGAUCUUUGAAUUGCGCCCAGAAAUGGACAUCGCCUGGACUACAGCAAGGACUGACAGCCAAAACCACACAGGACUCAGUGGCUAAGGAUAAAUCCAGGCUGUUGAGUAACUGGGCAAGCGGAUCGGUUCUUCUAAAUAAAAGGGGUCCCAGUGUCUCGCUGGGAGAUCCUCACCAAGAGAAGAGGACGCUUGAAAAUUGCAUCGAAAAGCUGGAGGAGCAGCUUAAGAGUGAGAUCCUUGAGUGUGGGGCAGGUGGUGCUGUCAGGCCAGAGCUGAAGGACAAGCUGCGCCAGGUUGUUGCUCAGAGAAGUGAUGGAAUAUCUAUACAUGAGCUUCCUGGAGAGUUCAAGAAGAUGUUUGGGGAGAACCUACCCAUGGCCCAGUGUGGUUUCUUGAGUAUGACAGAGAUGGUGGAGGCUCUGAGUGACACCCUCUACCUGAAGCCUGCAUACGGCAAGGAGGGGAACCAUUGGAUCAUCACGGACGUCCAACAAAGACACAACAGUUCAGGGAGAGAGGAAGUUAAAGGCGUCAAUGCAGUUGAGCCUGCGGAGGAUUUAAAACUCUCUAAAAGCAACUACUCCUACUGUGGGGAGUCUCCUUGGGAGGAGAAACAUGGUGAUAGGCAACUGUCCUCUGACGUUACGGAGGAUGAGGCCACCUUCAAAGUUACCAGAAAGAGUUUUCAUCAGAUGGUUGACAUAUUCCCAGUCAUGCCACUACCCCCAAACGGUGGAGGUGCAGUGCCCCUGGACGCCCUGCGUGACCAGAAGCUGCGCCCUGCCCCCUGCUGGCAGGAGAGGGCGCUAGUGGCCGUGCUGGUUGAGAGGGUGGAGUCUCCUAACCACUUCUUCAUCCGCUUUGACGGGACCCCAGAGAGCAGGGCACUAGAGAACAUGAUGAUUGAGAUGAGGACCUGCUACACAUGCCCUGAGGUCUCUGAGCGGUAUCGGCUGCCGCGGAGCUUCGUGCGACCCGGCCAGGUUUGUUGCCUGGCCCUGCGGGAUGUGUGGUUCUACCGGGUGAUCAUCCACAGGGUCCUGAAUGAUAGCCAGGUUGAGGUCUACUACGUGGAUUAUGGAGACCUUAAUACCGUGGAUUGGAGGAACCUGAAACUCCUCAAGUCCUGCUACUCGGAGUUGCCGGCCCAAGCGGUCCUUUCAUCGCUGAUCGAGGUGCAGCCCGUCGGUGGUAGCUGGAGCAAGAGCUCUAUCAGUUACUUCCAGAAGUUGUGUUGUGAGCACCCUCUAGUGGCCAUCAUCCACAGCUACCAGAAGGACAUCCUGCGCGUCUUCCUCUGCGACACCCAAACUGAGGAGGAUGUCUACAUCCACACUGCCCUGAUGACUGAGGGCCAUGCCUUCCAGUGCCCAGCCGCAGACAGCCAGCACAUCUCCGUACAGUUCAAUCCAGUGACCCUCUAUCUGGCGACGGGACCUUGUGAUGUUGGGCGCCGUUGGGACUCUCCCGGUGGACCGAGGACGCAUGAGGGCGCCCGGUCCGGGCCUGGCACACAAAGGGAGACCUGCAUAGUGAGAGCAGAGGACGACAUCACUGACCUCCCAGAUCUUGAGGUCAUCGACAUCACUGAAGUCACCAGGACGGCCCAGGCGAUGCUGGCGAAUCCUUUCGGGGCUCUGCAGUGUAAGGAGUCGGUGCAGCGUGGAGACCCGGAGCGGGGAUCCACAGCUGCUGGGAGCGCAAGGAACGCAGAGCCCAAGACGGAAGCAAACCAGAACAAGAACCGUGGAGACGAGGCGUCGCUGGACUCUGUGGGCAGAGAUGCCACAGCGCCGGAACUCCUGGGGGUGGGUCGUGUUGGCCAGGCCCCAGCGGCCAGCCCCCCACCUGCCCCUGCAUCCCCACCGCCCACACCACUCCCCGCUGGAGGGUCAGCGCAAGCAGGGGACCAUGGGGGAGUUGCUCAUUGCCUGGCUGCACCGGAGAAGACCCAGAGCUUCAUGCUCUCCUUGUUUGCCCCUGGUGGAGUGACAUUGCCCCGGCCCUGUCUGCGCCAUGUGCCGCCGUCCUUCCUGGGGCCCGCGGCCCGCCUGGCUGCUGGGAUGCCCUUCCUCGACUGGCACUGUCACAAGGCGUCCUGAGGCCCAUUGGGGCGGGAGGUUGAGGCCCAGAGCGGACGCAGCUGCACUGGCGGGCAAGUGUGGAGAGGUAACGAGAGAAGCGGCUGGGGAAGCUGCACGUCAGAUUUCACUUGUAUUUUUUUUUUGGCCUAAAAAUAAGACAUUUUGGGUUACAACUUUUCUUCAGUUAGAUUACUGUUCCUGUGUGAAGGUUAAAUGUGUGAAAACAAUCCUCAUAAAUCUAUAAAUUAAGUAAAAUAUACUUAUAAAAGGGACUUUAUUUUUGUUGUUUCCACCAUCAGGCGGAUUUUAGCUUUUAAAAGAGAAUUUUUGAAUUCCUUUAUUUUUGUUAGCUUUAAUGUAUGGUGAGAAUGUAUCUUAAGUUAUAAUUGGUUGAUGGAAUUCGAUCACAUCAUCGUUUGUUGUUGUUAUAUAAGGCUACAGAUAUCUCUGUAGAAAAGAAGAGUUGACUUUUUUUUUUAUUUUGUCAA